AUGUCUCUGAGAGGUGAUGUGUGUGUGGUGACGGGAGCCUGUGGAUUCCUGGGCACGAGGCUGGUCAGGCUGCUGCUGGAGGAAGAGAAAAUGGCUGAGAUUCGACUGAUGGACAAACACAUAGAGCCCAAAGUUUUACACAGUCUGGAGGACUGCAGAGGCGACACAAAGCUGGGUGUUUUUGAGGGGGACAUCAGAGACGGUGAUUUCCUGAGAAAAACCUGUCGAGGUGCAUCAACUGUCUUCCACAUCGCAUCCAUCAUUGACGUUAAUGAUUCUGUGGAGUACAGUGAGAUAUAUGGGGUCAACGUCAAAGGAACACAGCUGCUUCUGGAGGCGUGUAUUCAGGAGAACGUGGUGUCCUUCAUCUACACCAGCACCAUUGAGGUAAUGGGGCCAAACUCCCAGGCUGAGCCCAUAUUUAACGGCAGCGAGGACACCGUGUACGACUGUACUCUGAAGUUUAACUACAGCAAGACCAAAAGGGAGGCAGAGCAGAGGACCCUGCAGGCCCACGGCGAGGUGCUCCCAAAUGGAGGUCGACUGGCCACCUGCGCCCUCAGACCCAUGUACAUGUAUGGGGAGGGCUGUCGCUUCCUGCUGGGCCACAUGGGUGACGGCAUACGAAACAAGGAUGUUCUGUUUCGCAUGUCUCUACCAGAGGCCCAAGUGAACCCAGUGUAUGUGGGCAAUGUGGCUGUGGCCCACCUCCAAGCAGCCCGCAGCCUCAAAGAUCCACAAAAAAGAAAUGCUAUUGGAGGAAAGUUUUAUUUCAUUUCUGAUGACACGCCACAUGUGAGUUAUUCCGACUUCAACCACGUCAUGAUGUCGCCUCUGGGCUUCAGCAUUCAAGAGAGACUCCCGCUGCCCCUCCGCCUCCUCUACGCGUUCUGUUUCUUAUUGGAGGCUCUGUGCAUGAUGCUCCGACCUUUCAUACGCAUCGUCCCGCCACUGAACCGGCAGCUUCUCACCAUGUUGAACACGCCAUUUAGCUUCUCCUAUCAGAAGGCUAAGAGGGACCUCGGAUAUGUCCCCAGAUACAGCUGGGAGGAAGCACGCAAGCACACCAUUGAAUGGCUCGCCUCGCAGUUGCCGAAGGAAAGGGAGAGAAUAAGCGCUAAGUAAUACAUGAAAAGUUGUUACUACGUCAAAACUGCAAUAUAAAUGAUUUUUCACUUAAAAGUAUCAAUAAGUAUGAUUCAGCAUUAUGUCCGUUUGUGACCUUGUGUUUUUAUGUUUUCCUGUGGCGACAAACAAAAAAAAAGUUUGGUAUUAGUACAUGU